AUGAGCUGCGCGGAGUCUUACGCACCGUAUUACGAUUGGCCACCACAAGCCACGUAUGCUCCGUAUCCACGAUGCGAUCCACCACGGAACAUAAAUCCGCCCACAUCGACUGGUUCACAUGUGUACGGCGCUGUUCCUCCAGCGUCCACCAGUGACAUCUGGACCACAGCGUCUGUACCGUUUCCACAUCAACAAGCUAAUGUGACGAACACCUACAAAUGGAUGCACACGAAACGGUCACACAAACCGGCUGUACUCAUCAACUUACCGAGCUCGAAAAGGAGUUUCCACACCGCCAAAUACGUGAAUCGGGCGCGACGAACGGAAAUAGCACAGAAUCUGAAGCUGAAUGAAGCGCAGGUAAAAAUCUGGUUUCAAAAUCGACGUAUGAAGGAGAAGAAGCGAGAAAAAGAAGAAGGCGUUCCUCGCUCGAAGUGUCGUGCCAUGGGACAACUCACCACCGUCAUCUGA